CGAUAACCUAUUCGAAUCGAGAGUAUUUUUUUUAUGGAUUCGCCAAUAAUUGUGGCUGUCAGGAUAAGACCUUUUACGAAACAGGAGGCAUUAGAUGGCCUUCAGUGCCCUAUUCAGUUUCCUAAACCAGGUGUUGUUCAUGUGAUCGAUCCUAACGUUCGAAGUAAAAAUAUUCGUGAAUUCCAAUUCGACCACACAUUUUGGUCACUUAACAAUGAGUCUGGUCUUGUGCCAUAUGCAAGUCAAGAGUUGGUGUACCAGACGCUUGGGUUUCCACUGUUAUCGAAGGCUUUGGAAGGUUACAAUGCAUGCCUCUUCGCUUACGGGAUGACCUCUUCUGGGAAAACAUACAGUACUACUGGUCCUCCUGAUGAUCCGGGAAUAAUCCAAAGAAUCUCAAAAGACGUAUUUGAGGAAAUUGGGAGAAGAACGGAAUCCAAUACAAGCUUUUCUGUCAAAAUGAGUUAUUAUGAGAUAUAUAAUGAACGGAUACGUGACCUCCUUUCGUCAAAUUCAACCAAACACGGGCUUGUAGUUCGUGAACAUCCAGUAACUGGUCCAUACAUCGAUGGUUUGUUAUGUGAAGAAGUUUGGUCUGAAUCAGAUAUCUCUAAACGACUUGAUUUUGGAAAUCGUUUACGUGCUGUGGCUACCACUCCUCUGAAUGAAAACAGCAGUCGGUCACACACCGUACUCGUAUUGUCACUAACGAGGCGUUCAUCUACUAAUUAUCCCUUUGGAGAUAUUGAAAAUGUGUAUAAUAGUCACAUUACCAUUGUUGAUCUCGCCGGGAGUGAACGUCAAACAUCUACAUCGACCUUAAAUGGACGUUUUAUUGAAAGUUGUCAAAUCAACAAAUCAUUGUUUACGCUUGGCAAAGUAAUCACUCAACUUUCUCAGAAUACUAGUAACAAGAAAAGAGCAUUUCCAUCCCCAGAACCUCGUUCGCUUGUUCAGGAUACUUGUCCAGUGCUUUCAGUUACUCCGUGCCGUUUGAUCAGUAAACGACGGGAAUUCGUUUCUUAUCGUGAUUCUUUGUUAACCUGGUUGUUGAAGGAUAGUUUAGGAGGCAAUGCGGUUACAGUAAUGCUGGCAACUAUCAGUCCCUGUCAAACUCAUUAUGAUGAAACAUUGAGCACUUUACGUUAUGCCAAAAAAGCUUCAUCUAUUGUUAAUUCAGCAAUAGUUAAUGAAGAUCCAAAAAGUCGAUUGAUUCAUGAAUUAAUGUCCGAAAUACGUAUUUUACGACAAAAAGCAUCUUCAAUUAUGUUUGAAUCCGGAACAUGUCAAGCAUAUGAAGCAGCCAAACUGAGAGAGUUAAUUUCUAUUCGUGAAGAAGGUGUCCUUCAAUUGAAAAGGAAGCUAACUGAUCGUCACUCGUUCAUUGGGAACCAGUCUGCCCAAGCCGUUACAUCUGUACAGUGUAAAUCAACGCAAACAUCAGAAGUGGACAUGGGAUCGUUAACAUUCCAAAGAGCUCUAUCCGAUCCUAAUAGUACAAAUACUAUUACUCCAUUACGGAUUCAUGAAGGCAAAGUGGAUUUUGGAGAGUUGGAAAAAGCGGACGUACAAACUUCUUCACCACGUUCUUUCGAAGUUUCUACUUCUGUUGGCCAUUCUUUGUUGUGUAGUCCUAGUACUCAUUGCCAGCUUGUUGAUCAGAUAGCCAAUUUGAAGUGUAUUUUGCAAUCUAUACAAAAUUCGACAAAGAAAUCUGUCAAGUCAGAAAACUUGAAAGUAGAAGUAAGUCGUGAGUACUACGGAACAUUUUCAGGAGUAACAUGAAAUUAUGUGAUCACUAAGAGAUCUCUAAAAACCAUCUGAACUGUUACUUGGCCUUUCUGGGUGCUGUAUAGGAUAAUUUGCUAUGGCCAUGUUCCCCAUCGUUUUAUACGCAGGAAUGUUUCAUGGUUCCUUAAUGACAAUACGGAGAACCAAGGUUUUGCGCUCAGCAUUGGUUGUCUAGUUCAUCACUAAUGACUAAAUGCAGUUUAGAUACAUCAUCUGCUUAUUCUUAACGGUAUCUCAGUAAGAACGUUACUGUAAUGUGCUUCUAAGGUUCAGUGUGUAAUAAGUACCCACUGUUAUUGAAGUUGUUUCAAAAAUGUAACCUCAUCCUAUUAAAUCACGUAUUUUUGAUAUUUUUUUUUACAAUUAACUUUUGUAACAUUAAGGAACUCAAUCAAAAGGUCAUCAUAUUACAAGAAAAAUUAUUAGCACAAACCCGCUUGCUUGAUAAUUUCAGACAGGCCUUUGACAAACUGAACCGAGAAUACCAAUCUACUUUGCAGUUAUUUCCCCAUUUAUUAAGAAAGGUUGCACACAUGACUUCACCUGGAGAUAUGACAAGUCCUUUGGUUUCUUCGUGUAUAUCUGAAAAUCCCGAAGAGUGUGAUGUCACAACUCCCUAAAUAAACUUGUACAUGUCUGGGGAUCGUCAGAAUCCAUGUACAUAAAAAACCUUUUGUAAAUAAAGUAUCUUUGCUUAUUGUUGUGA